UUAGGCAUCGCUCUUCUCUAUGUAAUGCCUUCACUCUCGUCCGUAUUCUCUGUAAGUGUCAACCCAUGUGUCACAAUUCCUACGUUUUCUUGUCCCUGCCUAGAAAUUCGAGUUCCUUCCCCAACUUCUUUCUCUUUCAACAAUGGAGACUCAGACUGACCCUUGCUUGUUCUUUCUUCAAAACCACUCCAACCUCUCCAUCCUUUGACAGAUUUUAAACUUAUAUUAACCCGCUUUUGAUUUGCCAAUUUCUUGAUUAAUUUUUUCUUCAUCUAUAUACAUGGCCUUUCCUGUCUGGUUCUUCUCAGCUUUUAUCUUCUUGUUGAUCUCAGUCUCAUGUCAGCCCAGUGAACUCUUCUUUCCUGGAUUUAAAGGUGUUGAUGACACCAAUAUAACCUUGAGCGGAGUUGCAGAGAUUGAUGAAGAUGGUGUUCUUCGGUUAACCAAUGAAACCAGUAGAUUAAUGGGCCAUGCUUUUUAUACUUCUCCAUUUCAGUUCAAGAACUCUAGUAAUGGCAAAGCUUUCUCUUUUUCUACUUCUUUCGCUUUCGUUAUUGCCCCAGAGUAUUCAAAACUUGGUGGCCAUGGCCUCGCUUUCACAAUCUCAACUUCAAAGGAUCUAAAGGCUCUUCCCAGUCAGUAUCUGGGUCUUCUCAAUGCAAGUGAUGCAGGUAAUUUUACAAAUCACCUUCUCGCUGUUGAAUUCGACACUGUUCAAGACUUCGAGUUCGAAGACAUCAACGACAACCAUGUUGGUAUUGACAUAAACAGCUUGAAAUCCAAUGCAUCUGCUCCAGCAGCAUAUUACAGUGACGAUUCUUCAAAGCAGGAUUUAAAUCUCAAGGGUAGAUAUGCCAUCCAGGUUUGGAUUGAUUAUGAUUCGCUGCAAAAUCUUCUCAAUGUGACUAUUUCACCCACUUCCAAGAAACCCAGAUUGCCAAUCCUUUCAUUUCCUGUAGAUCUCUCACCAAUAUUUAAAGAGCAUAUGUACGUUGGAUUCUCUUCUUCAACAGGUUUGCUUGCUAGCUUACAUUAUAUACUGGGCUGGAGCUUUAAGAUUAAUGGGCAGGCUCCAGCUUUGGAUCUUUCUUCUCUGCCUUCACUUCCUGCUAGUCCCAAAAGGAAGCACAUGGGUUUAACAAUAGGUGUCUCAGUCCCAUCGGUUUUUCUCGCAAUUGUCUUUAUAUCAUCUGCUAUCGUCUACGUAAUUAGAAGAAUUAAGAACGCUGAUAUAAUAGAAGAUUGGGAGCUGGAGAUUGGGCCUCAUCGAUACUCUUAUCAAGAACUCAAAGAAGCAACCAAUAGUUUCAGCGAGAAAGAGCUGCUUGGGCACGGUGGUUUUGGCCAAGUUUAUAAAGGUACACUACCCGAUUCAAAGGUUCAAGUAGCAGUCAAGCGAAUUUCAAACGAAUCUAAACAAGGCCUGCGCGAGUUCGUAUCUGAAAUCGCCAGCGUUGGUCGACUUCGUCACCGAAAUCUCGUUCAAUUGUUGGGUUGGUGUAGGCGAAUAGAUGAUUUUCUUCUCGUUUAUGAUUACAUGGCUAAUGGGAGUUUAGACAAGUUCUUAUUUGACGAACCAAAAAUGAUUUUAAAUUGGGAACAGAGGUUAAAAAUUAUAAAGGACGUUGCUUCUGGGCUUCUUUAUUUACACGAAGGCUAUGAGCAGGUAGUGAUUCACAGAGACGUUAAGGCCAGCAACGUUCUCCUGGACAGUGAACUGAAUGGUAAACUUGGCGAUUUUGGACUAGCAAGAAUAUACGAACACGGCUCAAAUCCCAGCACAACGAGGGUCGUGGGCACUUUGGGUUAUCUAGCACCAGAAUUGUCAAGAACAGGAAAGGCUACAGCGAGCUCAGAUGUGUAUGCAUUUGGCGCACUUCUGCUCGAGGUUGCUUGCGGGCGCAGGCCUAUAGAACCCAAGGCAUUGCCUGAAGAGAUGGUUCUGGUGGAGUGGGUGUGGGAGAGAUUCAGAGAAGGCAAAGUCCUUGAUGUGGUGGACCGUAGGCUCAAUGGGCAGUAUAAUGAGAGUGAAAUGGCAAUGGUUAUAAAAUUGGGAAUAAUGUGCUCAAACGAUGUGCCAAUAGCACGCCCGACAAUGAGGCAAGUGAUGAGGUUUUUGCAUGGAGAGUGUCAAGUGCCUGAAAGAUUGAGGACUCCAGAUCAGGGAGCAUAUGCUGAUGGGUUUGAUGAUUUUGGGGUGAAUUUUAGUUAUUGUUCUUCAACUCAAAUCGUUGUACCACGAUGAUAAUUAAAUAUAAAUUAAUAUUAUUUUUAUAUAAAAUUAAUUUAUAUUUAAAAAAUAAUA